GGAGUGGGGCUCUUUCUCCUAGUCUCGCUGGGUGCGAGGGCCUCUCUCCCCCCUCUGGCAGGAGUUGGUUGCAGCCGGUUGCAGGGCGAUUCCAACACGAUUAUGGCCGAGUACAGCCACAUGCAAAACCAGCUAGAUUUACAAAAUGGUAGCUUAGAAGAAGAUUUUGUGGUGAAUUCUCUUGAAAACAAUCUCCAAGGCAUAAUGGAUAGCUUAAACCAGAAAAAAUACACUUCUAGCCUAAGAUUUAAAACUAAUGGAGACUACUCUGGCUCUUACUUAACUGUUUCACAACCGAUCUCUAUCAAGAGAAGCCCAUCUCCUCUGGGGUCUGGUAUCAGAAAUGCCUCCUUUGCCAAAAUCCAGGGAAGUAAACAGUUCUCUUGUGAUGGCACUGACAAAAACAUUUCCAGCAAACCUCCCACUCCUUUUCUAGGUACUACACCCUCCCUUAGUGGAUAUCUCCUUGGGACUGCAGACUUUGAUCACUGUGCUGGCUGGGAGGAUGAAAGGUCCUCGAAACUUGCUGAUAAACCUCCUUAUUCCAAGUACAGCUCAAAGAAUAAGUCACAUGACAAUGUCUACUUUCUUGGGGGACAAGAAGGCCGAAAGGCAUCAGGUUCCCUUUUGACCAUGUGGAAUGGAAACUCCAUUAAUGAUGUUGGAUUUUCACCUCUCCGGAAGUCUGGAGCAACAAGCAUGCCCUCCAGCCCAAAGCAAGCCAGGAAGAUGAACAUUCAGGACAGCAUGACUCUUCAGCCCAAAAUGACAAAACACAAGGAAAUAACCGCUGAGAAUGUUGGUUUAAGAACUAGGAAAUAUUCAGGAAGCUCCCUAAGUCAAAUGGGGGCAUACAGCCGUUCACUGCCCAGGUUGUACAAAGCCGCUGAGAAUCAGCCGAUGCCACUCAGCUUGCCCCCAAGAAACUCUCUCGGUAAUUCCAAAAGAAAGAAACUUGGGGAAAAGGAUCUACCUCAAAGCAUAACAGAUGCUGACAACUACCUUAAUUUUUCUUCCUUAAGCUCAGGGGCUUUGCCAUAUAAGAACUUUUCAUCAGAUAGCAAUCCAUAUGUUAGUUCGACUCUUAGCAUUCCUGCAAGCCCCCGAGUGGCUAGGAAAAUGCUGUUGACUUCCACCUCAUCCUGUGCAUCAGAUGACUUCGACAGGAUGAUAUUCUCAGGAACAAGCCCUAACAAUUCGUUUUCUCCUGGAGAGUUCAAUAGAGUAUUUCCUGGCAGAAGGGACUUCUCUCGUAGCUCCAUAGAAUUUGAUGACACUGACUUGGAGAGCCUCAGACAGACUUCCAGUACUCCCCAGCCAGUCCUUAGAGAAAGGAAAAGCAGCAUUAGCUCCAUUUCAGGAAGAGAAGAUCUGAUGGAUUAUCACCGGAGGCAAAGAGAAGAAAGGUUAAGGGAACAGGAGAUGGAGCGAUUGGAGAGACAGCGCCUGGAAACGAUCCUCAGCCUUUGUGCAGAAUAUACUAAGCCUGACAGUAGCUCGAUUGCUAUGACCACUGUUGCUGAUGUGCAGAAGAUUAACAAAGAGCUUGAGAAAUUACAGCUUUCCGAUGAGGAGUCUGUGUUUGAGGAGACCAUGUUACCUCCGGAAACAAGAUACAGGUGCCACCGGAAAGCCUCCAUUACUGAUUCAGAGUUGUCAGGGUUCAGUAGCCUCAGUCAGAAUGCUACCAGCUUACCUUCCACAAGGAGUUUCAGAAAUGACGAAUCCUUCAGUGACCACUCCAAGACUCCCCCAUUACCUUCUUCUCUCUUAUUGAAGGCUUCCAGUGAGUCUGCCUAUCUAAGUAUCGUACCAAAGACACCCGAAAGUGGAAAUGAACAGAGAAGUCAGGAAUUGGCUCAUAUGGAAGAGGCCCGAAUGGUGAUACUAAAUAACCUUGAAGAACUUGAAAAAAAGAUUAAAGACCUCAAUGAUCAGAUGGAUGAAUCUUCCAGAGAGGGAGAUAUGGAAUGUGCCCUUCUGGAUGGUGAACAGAAAGCAGAAUCAGCUGAACUUAUGAAAGAAAAGGAGAUAUUGGACCAUCUAAAUAGGAAGAUAGCAGAGCUUGAAAAGAACAUUGUUGGGGAAAAGACCAAGGAGAAGGUAAAGCUUGAUGCUGAGAGGGAAAAACUAGAGAGGCUGCAGGAAAUAUACUCCGAGCAGAAGACCCAGCUUGACAAUUGCCCUGAGUCCAUGAGGGAACAAUUACAGCAGCAACUGAAGAGGGAUGCUGACCUGUUGGAUGUAGAAAGCAAACACUUUGAAGAUCUAGAAUUUCAGCAGCUGGAGCAUGAGAGUCGGUUAGAUGAAGAGAAAGAGAAGCUGACCCAACAACUCUUACGUGAAGUAGCUGAAUAUCAAAGGAGCAUUGUCACUAGAAAGGAGAAAAUUUCUGCAUUAAAGAAGCAAGCUACUCAUAUUGUCCAGCAAGCUCAAAGAGAACAAGAUCAUUUUGUGAAAGAGAAAAAUAACUUAAUACUAAUGCUACAAAGAGAAAAGGAGAACCUUUGCAAUCUGGAAAAGAAAUAUUCUAGCCUUUCUGGAGGAAAGGGGUUUCCAGUCGAUCCCAAUAGUCUAAAAGAGGGCUUUAUCAGUGUAAAUGAAAUUAAUGAGCUAGGUGGCAAUUCCACGAAUCUAUCCCCUUCUACUCAGCUUUCCACUGAUGCUGAUGCUGAUGCUGAUCCCACUGAGCCUUCCACAGCUGUGCUGGUGAGCCAGCCACAAAAUCAAGAGCAUUUCAGAAAUCUGGAAGAAAGAAAGAAGCAGCACAAGGAAGGCCUCUAUCUAAGUGAUACCUUGCCUCGGAAGAAAACUACACCUUCAGUAUCUCCACAUUUCAGCAGUGCUACUAUGGGAAGAAACAUCACUCCAAAGGGUCAUUUGCCUCUAGGACAGAGCAACAGCUGUGGCAGUGUCCUCCCUCACUCCCUAGCAACGAUGGCCAAAGAUUCAGAAUCGAGGAGGAUGCACAAAGGGUAUAAUCACCAACAGAUGAAUGAAGGACAAAGGCAGAAAUCUUCUGAUUUUUACAACCGAACUGCAUCUGAAUCAAAUGUCUAUUUGAAUAGUUUCCAAUACCCAGAUCAUAGUUACAAGGAUCAUGCCUUUGAUACUUUGAGCAUGGAUAGCUCUGACAGCAUGGAAACCAGCCUUUCUGCUUGCUCUCCUGACAAUAUCUCCAGUGCCAGCACAUCAAAUAUUGCCAGAAUAGAAGAAAUGGAGAGGCUGUUGAAACAGGCUCAUGCUGAAAAGACACGCUUGCUUGAAUCUAGGGAACGUGAAAUGGAGGCCAAAAAACGAGCUCUAGAAGAAGAAAAACGGCGUCGAGAACUACUGGAGAAAAGAUUACAAGAAGAAACUAGCCAACGACAAAAACUAAUUGAAAAAGAAGUAAAAAUACGAGAGAAGCAAAGAGCACAGGCUCGACCCUUGACUCGCUAUCUGCCUGUUAGGAAGGAAGACUUUGAUCUACGGAGCCAUGUAGAGACUGCUGGCCACAAUAUAGAAACCUGUUACCACGUGUCCAUCACAGAGAAGACCUGUCGAGGCUUUCUCAUCAAGAUGGGUGGAAAAAUUAAAACCUGGAAAAAACGGUGGUUCGUUUUUGACCGAAACAAAAGAACAUUCUCCUAUUAUGCAGAUAAACAUGAAGCUAAAUUAAAAGGAGUGAUAUAUUUUCAAGCCAUUGAAGAAGUCUAUUAUGAUCACCUCAAGAAUGCAUAUAAGAGUCCUAAUCCAUUACUCACCUUUAGUGUCAAGACACAUGAUAGGAUCUAUUAUAUGGUGGCUCCAUCCCCAGAAGCCAUGAGGAUCUGGAUGGAUGUUAUUGUUACUGGAGCAGAAGGUUAUACCCAUUUCAUGUUGUAAUGAAUGGCUGCAGCAGUUCGCAAGAGGGCAGAUUGCAAUAACCUUAUACCAGAAAUAAGCCAUAUUCAAUCCCAUUUGGAAAAACUCCAAGCAAGAAGGAUAACAUUCACACACAUCACUUUACAAAUACACGUUUGGAAUUCCCUUAUAUAUUAACAAGAGUUUGUUCUUUGUUUUUUGGUUUUAUUUUUUUUUCACUUAAGAAGACAAUGUGAUGCCAAUUCAUAGUUUGAUCAUUAACAAUGGCAAAAGGACUGAAGUUUCUGCAAGAAGGAAAACAUUUUGUUUUGGGAAUGACUGCAGCACCAGCAGCAUUUAUAAGACAAUUUUCUUAAAAACUUUUUAUAUGAGUUGUCUUAGUGAAAAACCAAGCCAUUUACAAGUGUUUGUACUCAGAAAUAUGAGAUUAUUUUAAUAUGUGAACCAAAAAAUAUGAUUACAUACAUUUUUAAUUUGUAGCAUUUGACAUAUUAGUAACCAACUGGCUCUUUUUUUAAGUACUUUCCUAUCGUGUAUUUCAUAAAUUAAUACUACAGAAAGGGACAAGAGGGUGGGAAACAAAAAGAAUUUAAAUGGAUAUCUAAAUCCUCUGUAGCUGAGUAUUGCACCAAAGCCAAAGACUUGAUAUUGAUAUGCCUUCUACUUCACAGCAAUUCCAAGUGAUGACCUAUAUUUUGAUUCUUUGUACUAGACAAAAAGAACUUCAAACUUUUUAAUAAUAUUAAAAUGCUAUAGGAUGUGUUACAAGCCGGUUUCAGAAGGUUACCUUUAGCCACAGACCCAGGCUUCAACUGCACUGGGUCUUUUGGGGGUCAAAUGGGCCAUAGCUAAAGGCUAUACUAACCCCAAUUAGUUACAUUUCUAUGAAUGCCAAAACUAUUUCUGGAACCCAUUAGAAUCAGUUCCUGCCCCAUAUCUUAAAUGAAGAGAGUAUUCAAUGGAAUCAAUUGUUUUUUAUCUGAAGACAUUUUCCAACAAUCCCUGUGCAGAGAUCACUGGUAACAACAACCACUCACAUAGCACUUUACAGUUUACAGGGAGCUUUCCUUACAGUAAUCCCAUGAAGUCAUUAGUAAAAGUAUUAUCGUCCCCAUUUUAUGGAUGAAGACUGAGGCUGAGAGGUUGUCACUUUACUUAGGGUCACAUGCCUAGGGAGCAGCAGAGUCAGAAACUCAUUCUAGGUCUCCUGACUCCAAACCCAGGACUAUAUAUCCACUGUUUACGGCUGCCCCCCAUUCAGGCCAUCCAAAGCAAUUUUUUUUCUUUUCCUUACAUGCUUCUAUUUUAUUCUGGAUCCUGCCUUUCACUUGUAGCCUUCCUUAACAGUGCAUAAAGUCAGUUUGUUGAGUUUUUAAUCACAAACCAGACUGAGAUUAAAAUCGAAAGUGAUUGUUAGUAAGAGGCAAGGGGGUCUGUUUAUAAAAGGCAAAUGAAGUGCAACUCAUAAUGUGUUUAAGGAGGUAAAUCCUUCUUUUACAUUAGUCACUGCAUUUUUUUUAUAGUGUUAAAGUCCAUUUUUGUUGAAUAAAACUUUGACUUCAGGCAAGUCAUUUAUAAUACUUUUCCAAAUGUUGUCCGUCCUGAUGGUCUGGGUGUAUUUGUGCAUUUGUGUGUAUGUCUAUUCAUUCUGUUAUAUAGUGGAAAUGUGGUAAAUGAGUAGCACUAGAAAAUGAUGAAUUUACCUACAAGUACAAUAUGGAAUUAGUAGAAUUAAAGUUUUUCUUCUCAAAAUUUGUCUGGAAUGAAUGGAUUUAAAUUUAUAUUUGAAGUCUCUGUAUACCUGAUUGCCACUAGGAUGAUUUUGCAGCUGGAUGACACAUGAUUUUACUUGAACAAUGAAGGACAGAAGUAUUAUUGCAGAGGUUUUUCUGUUGUUGCUGUUAAUCUUUUUUAAAAGAAAUCACAACUAAAAAGUGUAUGCUUUAAGAUAGUAAAAUACAAUAUCCUAAAUGUA